GAGGGUAUAUCUGACAAAACAGAAAAGUGACAUGUACGCAGAGACAAAUAGUACUAAAAAGGGAACAAAGUAGAGAUAGCUACAAAAAUCAAGGAGGAAGCAGAACUAAAGAAGAGAUUAAAGGAUGGACACCACAGCUGUUACAAGGAUGUGGAACGACACAGAUCUUCUAAGAAAUUAUACCUUUUCUUGUGCGUCCCCGUCUGUGGAGGGCUACCGUUACUUUGGCGUCCUCUUGGGAUCGACUGUUACCAUAGUAGGAACCAUAGGGAAUAUUCUGACCGUCCUCGCCUUUGCCACUGAUGCCAGCCUGAGGACACGUUUCAAUGUUCUCAUAGUAAACCUUGCCCUCGCUGACCUUCUUUACUGUACGAUCCUCCAACCGGUCAGCGUUGACUCAUACCUGCACCUGCACUGGAGAGGUGGAGCCACCUGGUGCCGUAUGUUUGGAUUCCUCCUGUUCCUGUCCAACAGUGUGUCCAUUAUUACAUUAUGCUUCAUUGCUAUGAGUCGUUAUUUGGUUGUUGCGCAUCGCACUUCUCGCUGUGCCCGUCUGCUCCUGUCCCACCGUGGAGUGGCAGUGCUCCUCAUCUCAUCCUGGCUACUGGGUGUAGCCAGUUUUGCCCCACUUUGGCCCGUCUAUGUGUUUGCCCCACAAGUGUGCACCUGCAGUUUUCACCGGACUAAAGGGCGGCCUUACACCACCGUGCUGCUCUUCAUGUACUUCUUCUUCGGCUUGGGUUGUGUGGGCCUUUUCUACUUUCUGAUCUACCGUAAAGUACGUGUAGCCUCUAAGGCUUUUCUGAAGUACAGGCCCAGUCGUCGCUCCUCAGAACGCAAGAGGGCUAAAGCCGAAGCAACGACGGAUGACAGCGGGAUCAGUGCUGGAGCUUCAACAAUUCAAAGCUGUGAGAUCAGUCAUGAUGAGACAGGAGCAGAGCAGAAUAAGAACAAAGCACUGGAGAAAUCUGAGGGCCACACGAACACAAAAGAACCAAAAAACUCCAUUCAAGAUGCCUCAAAAGACACAGAAACGUCUUCUAAACCAACACCGGUAACAAUCCAGACCACUCCAGCUGCCAGUUCAGGAGAGGACAGUGAAUUUAAGCGUGUAACUCGAAUGUGCUUUACAGUUUUCAUGUGUUUUGUUUGCUGUUUUGCGCCAUUUCUACUGCUGAAUGUCGCCGAUAAGGCGAACCGUGCACCACAGGUCGUUCAUAUGAUUUGUGCAAACCUCACUUGGUUAAAUAGUUGCAUUAACCCUUUGUUGUACGCGGCCAUGAACCGGCAGUUUAACCAGGCCUACAAAGACCUACUAGGCAAAGCUGUACAUCCAUUAACCUGGAUAUGGAGAACCCGUCGGAUCACAAUAAGAUAAGCGAUAAUGAAGAACGUUAUCCGACUCAUUUCAAUCUGAAAGUGAUCUUGUGUUGUAGAUGUUCAGUGACUUCACAUAUUAUGCCAUAUACAUUUUAUGUAUUAUGCACGGUUUUAUUUGCCAUUCACUUUCUAUAUUGUCAAAUAGCUUGCACUUCUUUAUUUAGCUCAUCUUUGACUAUAAUGGUCUGUAGGCAUUUCUUUCUCAAGUGGUGGGAUUUUCCAGUUCCAUCAAAGAUCGGAAAAAAAACGUGUCAUGUGCAUUUUCACUGCAAACACACAAACUUUCUCCGUUUCAUUUCCUCAUUUUUCUGACUGCACAUAUGCAGUAAUCAUGCGUGCCACCACAGGAAUGAUUCAUAAUGACAUUAAGAACAUUUGUAACCUCACGCACAAAUGAACAUGGGAGUUUGAAGCUGGGCGAUGGAGAAAACAAGAACAGACGUGCCUCACUGCUUCGUUUAAUACCUCAUAGGAAACCACAAGAUUUUCUUAAGUCCACUUUUGCUUGCUGUGUUGUUUCCAUUUUUAUUUAUCUACUGUUUAAGCUGGACCUCCAGAAUAUGAGAUAACUUGUAUGAUCUUAUUUUUAUAAUGGAUUUUUGCACAAUUCCUCGAAAUGUAGUAAUGUGUGUAUAUUGCACAUUAUAUCAGUGUUCUAUAAUGAUAACAUAUGUAUUUCUUUCUGAAUUGCUUCUUUUAAAAUAAAGUAACAAAGUCAGCAAAA